AUGUCUAACGCAGAUUUUGAUAGUCAAGACUUGAGUGGUCCAAGUGUGUUGGAUGGUGAUUACUUAACCAUGUUAAGUUCUUCUGACAAGUUAAUGUCGGGCGAAUAUGAAGCUAUUGAGCGACUGCAAGCUGAACUAGAUUUAUUUGAUGAUCCAAAUAGGACUGAAGAAAUUGUGGAACAAAUGGCUGUAGAAAAUCAUCUAGAUAUGAUUGAAGAAGAAGUUUGUAGUUAUGGAGGUGAUGUGACAGGAAUAAAAGAUGGACUAGUAUUAGAAAGUCAACUUAUUGAUGAAUCUUCUGUUCAACCUCAGUUAUUAACUGAAUCACAAAUUAAGUUAGAGACUAUAGAUUUAGAUGAAGAUGAAAUUGUAACUUUAAAACAAUCCCAAUCACAUUCUCAGUCUGAGAUGUUAUCUGUUAGUAGUUCAAGCGCCAUAAAAAGAAGUGCACCACAAAAUCUGCAUGGAAAUCAACAAUCAAAGAAACCUUUGCUUACAAAAGUAAUGGUUAAUACAUUACCAAGUACAAGUACUGGAAGGAGUACUCAGCAGAUUUUGUUAAACGUUCCAAUUGGACAACGUCCACAAUUAGGUUCAACUAGGACUAUAACACUUACACAAGCUCGCCAAAUGGGUUUACUUGCUCCAGGUUGUCGACUCCAACCUGUAACUUCAAAUCCAGGCACAACACAAAAUAAAAAUAUGGUAGUAAAUAAAAUUUCGGGGACCAUGAAGAAAGGGACAACAGGUACCUUGAAGUCAUCUGUGCCGACCAAAAUCUUGCCAGCACCAACUCUAAUAACAAGUAAAAGUCCAAUGAUGCAACAGCAAAAGAUUUUUAUACGACAAGGUGGCGUUUUCAAACAAGGAACACUAGUGUCAACUAGCAAUGGUGCAAAUCAGGUUAUAAGAUUACCGUCUAUUGUAAGCCAGUCGUCAUCACCAGUAUCAACUAUUCAACAUAUACGCCUGCCAACAGUUAAUGCUUCAACCAGUCUACAACAAGGUAGAAUGCCAGUAGUAACCUCUGGAAUACAACAAGUACCUAAUAAACAAGUUCAAUACAUAAGACUAGUACCCACAACAGCCACAAGUAGUUUAGGUUCUUCGACCAAAUCUGUUGUAACUACAACAACAGCUACAUCGCUUCCUAAGCAACCUCAAAUAGUCACAUUAUCAACUUCGACACCAAAAUCAAACGUUAAAACUACAACAACUGUAGCUAAGACUUCUACAGCUAGCAAUCAACAGCCAGUUACUAAUCAGAUAAAAGUUUUUACUGCUUCGCCACAUACUGUAACAUCUAGUCAACAAAGACCAAUAUUACCUGCAGGUAAACCUAGUACAAGUACAUCAGUAGAAUCAAAAAAACCUAGUAGUUCUAAUAUUCCAUCGAUAAACUCUACAAGUUCUAAACAAGUUUUAACUCCACCUAAAGUAACGAUUAAAGAAGAAUUAUUAAUCGAUGAUACUAUUCCUGUAAAAAAAGAUGAUAAAAAAGAAACCAACUUAACUACCCCAACUGUGCCAAAGAUUGGGAGACCAUCAACAUCUACUGCACUUGUGUUAUCCGAAACAAAACCCAAAUCAACGAGUGAUGUAAAUAAAACAAAAAAACCUUGCAACUGCACUAGAUCACAAUGCCUUAAACUUUACUGUGAUUGCUUUGCCAACGGUGAAUUCUGUUAUCAGUGUAACUGUAAUUCAUGUUACAACAACAUGGAACACGAAGAGGAUCGAGCACAGGCAAUCCGCUCAGUAUUAGAUAGAAAUCCAAAUGCAUUUAGACCAAAAAUCAAAAGCUUCGUAGGUCAAGCUGAACGACAACAUACCAAAGGAUGUAAUUGUAAGAGAUCGGGAUGUUUAAAAAAUUAUUGUGAAUGCUUUGAAGCUCGUAUAGCAUGUUCACAAAACUGUAAAUGUAUCGGAUGUCGUAAUAUGGAGGACGACUCUCAUACUUCAUUUGGGGACCAUCCUGGGUCUCUAAGUGUGGACAAUUUAAAAUCCAGAACAAAAUCAGCUAAUUUUGUAACAUCAUUUGGCAGCAUGCAAGCUGCAAAUGCUAUACCAAGUCAACCAUUCAAAUUUUUUACUAAUGACGUAGUACAAGCAACAUGCCGAUGUCUUUUAGCGCGUGGCAUGGAAGCUAAAAAAUUGAACGCUGGUGCUGAGGAAUGUCAACGUAUAAUAAUCGAAGAGUUUGGACAAUGUCUUGUCAAAAUCAUGGACCUAGCGUCUGAAAAAUCAUUUUUAUAG